CAGAAGAAGCAGCGGUGAUUGACGCGCAUGUUCCCACGCACAAUCGCACCUCUUAUAUGGGCUGGCUCUCGCGUGGAGAAUGGUUGGCGAACUUGCUUUCCGCUCAGUUCCGUGCUCGGUCUCCCCUCGUGCACUACAACGUACCCCAGCCUUCACAAGAUGAUGUUCUUCACGACCCUCUUCACGGCUGUUUCAGUGCUCGCGUCCUUGGCGAACGCCAUCCCAGUGGGUACGCGCGAUGUGGUAGAUCCGCCCAUCACGAGUCCGAAUGCAAGCACUGUCUGGCAUGCAGGCGAGACUCAGACGGUUACGUGGAGCACGGACAACCUCCCUUCUCAGCAGACGACCAGUACUGGAAUGUUGGUUUUGGGUUAUCAGUUCAACAACAGCGAGAACCUAAUGCUGGACAGCCCGCUCGCCACUGGCUUCCAGUACACCGACGGGCAGGCGCAGAUCACGGUCCCUGAUGUCCCCACCCGGAAUGAUUACAUCGUCGUUUUGUUCGGUGAUUCGGGCAACGCAAGCCCUCAAUUCACGAUCAUAGGCUCUUCCUCUUCAUCUACGUCUUCAUCGACAUCCACGAUACCCUCCGACUCUGCGACCGCCUCAUCCGCCAGCUCUACAGCGACCAGCGUCUCGGACGCUUCUGGCUCGGAGUCUACGACACCUUCCCCCACAGACUCGGUUGCACCCUUGACUGCAUUCUCGACCGCUACGUCAAGCUCUGCCUCUCCUUCCGGCGUUUCCACUCUUCCACCCGGUUGGACAUCCAACACUUCUGCUGCCUCUUCGGCUCAGCCAACCUCCAGCACCAACGGUGCCUCUCAGCAUAGCGGACGCAGUGCCAUAUUUGCUGUCCCUAUUGUUGUUGGCUUGACGUCCCUCUUUGUCCUCUAAGGAUACGAACCGCUACCAUGACAUGAUUUCUCCACGCAUAUUUCCGCUCUUCUUUACGUUUUAACGCUUACUUAGGAUCAUCCUAAUGAUGUUCCUGAACAUUCAUC